AUGGGAUUCCGUAACGUCUCUACAACAAUGCCUGGGUCUCUUCCUGUGAAUGCUGAAGCCUGUUGGCCAAAAGAUGUGGGAAUUGUUGCCCUGGAGAUCUAUUUUCCUUCUCAGUAUGUUGACCAGACAGAAUUGGAAACAUUUGAUGGUGUGGAUGCUGGGAAGUACACCAUUGGCUUGGGUCAAUCGAAGAUGGGAUUCUGCUCAGAUAGAGAGGAUAUCAACUCACUCUGCUUGACUGUGGUACAGAAGCUUAUGGAGAGGAACAGUCUCUCCUAUGAUUGCAUUGGGAGAUUAGAAGUUGGAACAGAGACAAUCAUUGACAAGUCAAAAUCUGUAAAGACUGUCCUGAUGCAGCUCUUUGAGGAUUCUGGUAAUACAGACGUAGAAGGGAUUGACACAACAAAUGCAUGCUAUGGAGGCACUGCUGCUAUCUUUAAUGCUGUUAACUGGGUUGAGUCCAGUUCUUGGGAUGGUCGUUAUGCGCUUGUUGUUGCUGGAGACAUAGCUGUGUAUGCCACUGGAAAUGCCAGGCCAACCGGUGGAGCUGGUGCUGUUGCUAUGUUAAUUGGUCCAAAUGCUCCUUUAAUUUUUGAGCGAGGACUGCGUGGGACCCAUAUGCAGCAUGCCUAUGACUUUUAUAAGCCAGAUAUGGUGUCUGAAUAUCCUGUAGUUGAUGGUAAACUAUCUAUUCAGUGCUACCUCAGUGCAUUAGAUCGCUGCUAUUUUGUCUACCGCAACAAAAUCCGUGCUCAGUGGCAAAAAGAAGGAAGUGACAGAGACUUUACCUUGAAUGACUUUGGCUUCAUGAUCUUCCAUUCUCCAUACUGUAAACUUGUACAGAAAUCUGUGGCUCGACUGUUGUUGAAUGACUUUCUUAGUGACCAGAACGCUAAAACAGAAAAUAGUAUCUAUAGUGGCUUGGAAGCUUUCAGGGAUGUAAAACUGGAGGAUACCUAUUUUGAUAGAGAUGUGGAGAAGGCCUUUAUGAAAGCUAGUGCUGAACUCUUUAAUCAGAAAACCAAAGCUUCUUUACUUGUAUCCAAUCAAAAUGGAAACAUGUACACCCCUUCAGUCUAUGGCUGCCUUGCUUCUCUUCUAGCACAGUACUCCCCACAGCAGCUAGCAGGACAAAGAAUUGGUGUGUUCUCCUAUGGCUCUGGUUUUGCUGCUACACUCUACUCCAUUAGAGUUACACAGGAUGCCACACCUGGUUCUUCUCUGGAUAAAAUAACUGCUAGCCUUUCUGAUCUGAAAACAAGACUUGACUCAAGAAAGUGUAUUGCACCAGAUGUCUUUGCUGAAAACAUGAAGAUUAGACAGGAAACGCAUCACUUGGCCAACUACAUUCCACAGUGUUCAGUGGAUGAUCUCUUUGAGGGAACGUGGUACCUAGUGCGAGUGGAUGAAAAACACAGAAGAACUUAUGCUCGACGUCCAGUGCUGGGUGACGGGCUUUUGGAAGCAGGAGCUGAGGUUGUCCAUCCAAGCAUAGUUCAUGAGCUUAUCCCGAGCCCUGCUAAGAAAGUGCCAAGAAUCCCUGCAACCACAGAAUCUGAAGCUGUUGCUGUCUCUGUUUCCAAUGGAGAGCAUUAA